AUGUCUGAGGGCCAUCGGACUGGGGAAACCCUGAAUUACCCGUGGUGCACUUGCGGGAAACUCCUUGCCGAGGGCCUGUGCACCCCCGGGAUUAGUCGGGGCUCAAAGAGACUCGGACACCCGGUGCUUAAUCAAAAAAAAAAAGUAGUAUCUGAUCACAGUCCCAUUGUACUUGAAUGUGGGAACUGGGAACAGAAGAAAGCAAGCUUUAAGUUUGAAAACUGGUGGUUAAAGGUGGAGGGAUUUAAUGAGUUGAUCCAAAACUGGUGGAAUGAAUUCCUGGUAGAAGGUUGCCCUGAUUAUAUUUUUUGUACAAAGUUAAAGAUGCUUAAACAGAAACUCAAGGACUGGAGCAAGACAACCUCUGGGGAACUCACAAACAGGAAGAACAGUCUGCUCAAUGAACUAGCUGAGAUUGACUUAAGAACAGAUCAAAGAGAGUUGUCUGAAGAUGAGAUGAUGAUAAGGGCAACGGUUCUUGUUGAAUUGGAAGAAUUGGCUAAGAAUGAGGAAAGCAGUUGGAGGCAAAGUCCAGAAUACAAUGGCUAAACCAGGGUGAUAACAAUACAAAUUUUUUUCAGAGGAUGGCAAUUGCUCAUAGGAGAUAUAAUAACAUGGACGGAUUGGUGGUGGUUGGCGGGGCGCGGGGGGGGGGGGGGGGUAACAAAACCAACAGAAAUUAAAAUGGAAAUGAUAGAGUUUUACAAGAAACUUUAAUCAGAAACUGAAGAAUGGAAGCCAACAUUUGAAUUUGCAGACUGUCCUAAAAUUUCACAUGAAGAGAAAAACUGGCUCCAAAGGCCAUUUACAGAAGCAGAAGUUUUGCACAUUGUAGAUCACUGUGAUGGUGACAAAGCACCUGAGCAUGAUGGUUUCACUGUGAGUUUCUUCAAAGCAUGCUAGACAACAAUAAAAGAUGAACUGAUGUUGACUAUUCAAAACUUUCAUCAAAAUGAGUUUUUUGAGAAAUCCCUUAAUGCUACAUUUAUAGCUCUUAUCCCCAAAAAACAUAUGGAGCAGAAGAACUAAAAGAUUUUAGACCUAUAAGUCUGA